UCAAACGAUUUUCGGAACAUCUAUUUUUUUCCCUAAUUUUUGUCGCUCGAGAUUUUUUAAUAAUUUCUUUCACUUUUUAAAGAAAUCUCAAUCUCAAUCUCAGAUCACAAUCACAAUCUUCAACUCUUCAAUCACCCAAUAUAGGGUUCGCCCCCAAAUUUCACCCUAAAUUUCAUUUCUACUAUCCGGAUGAAAUUUAGGGUUCUCAAUUACUUUUUUGCUCGCUUCUUUCACCGUCGGAAUCGAAUUCAAAUCUAGGGCUUUGGAAUUGCCUUUGUCAUUAAUUAAUAGGUCAACGUAUUGUCGCUGAAUGUUGAGGCUGCAUUGGGUACUAUAAACUGGAGUUGUAAUAGCGAUGUUGGGUCUCAAUCGAAUUGGCUUCAAAAUAAUUAGUUGGUUCUUUCAUUUGGCCGAGUGGCAUCCACUAGAAUAGCAGAGUUGAUUUGGGCUUAAAAGCCCUCUUGCUUUGUCUUCUUCUUAGAUCAGGUUUGAAUUUUAUCUCUUCUAAUUAUGUGGUUUGAUAUUACUUGUAAGUGAUAAUCUUUUUUCUAUUUGUUUAUCUGAUGAACAUAAAGCCCGGAAUACCCAUUGGAGCAGUGGUCUUCUGCGUUCAAAUUUUUUUUUAGCUCUUUCAUGUUCUGGAUGAAAAGAAUGUGGAAACCCCUUUUGAUGUGUAUUCUAUCCUUCAAUAAUUUUGAUUUUGUGCUAUGAGAUGCUAAUUUAACUUAGGUGGCUAUUUUUUGUAAGGCGAUAUUGUUUGUUUAUUGACAUAAGGGUUUGUGUAUUGCAGCUUUGGGAUGUUUUUUAUUCUUUUUGGUGGCUGGGAGUUGUAAUAGUUGCUCUAAGGUUGUUGAGGUUUUUCAUGUUUAAUAAGAGCCUCUACUCUUGGGUGAGAUCUAUGGGUUGUUGUGGCUGUUUCGGGUUUUCCAAAAGAAGGCCUAAAACAUCACUGAGGCCCAUUUCUAGGUUUAAUUAUCGAAUUUCCCAGGAGUAUUUGUUAGAUGAUGAAAUAGAUGAUGAGACUGAUAGUUUCUUUAAUGGUGAUGAUACAAAUAUGGCACAUGGAGAUGAUGGCGAUUUGCAGAACCAUGCCAAACACUCUGAAGAGAUUUUGAGGUUAAGAGAACAGAAUGGACUAGUAUGCAGGCAAUAUCCUGUCAAAGAAACCAACAAACUUAUUCGAUCAGAGGAUGAAAACGGGACUAAGAUGAUCAAUGAGUAUGUUCAUGAGCGCAAGAUUGGUGCAGGUAGCUAUGGUAAAGUGGUUUUAUACCAGAGCUCUAUAGAUGGGAAGCAUUAUGCUAUUAAGGCCUUCCAUAAAUCUCAUUUGUUAAAGAUGCGAGUUGCCCCAUCAGAGACUGCUAUGACUGAUGUUCUUCGUGAGGUUCUAAUAAUGAAAAUGUUGGACCAUCCAAAUAUAGUCAAUCUCAUUGAGGUGAUUGAUGAUCCAAACUCAGAUCACUUCUACAUGGUUCUUGAAUAUGUGGAAGGCAAAUGGGAUUAUAAAGGUUCUGCUCCACUUGGGGCCCUUGAAGAAGAUACUGCCAGAAAGUACUUGCGGGAUGUAGUCUCUGGGCUGAUGUACCUUCAUGCUCAUAAUGUUGUGCAUGGGGAUAUUAAACCUGAUAAUCUGUUAGUUACACAUGCUGGUACAGUGAAGAUUGGUGAUUUUAGUGUCAGCCAGGUUUUUGAGGAUGAUAAUGAUGAGCUUCGCCGUUCUCCUGGGACUCCUGUUUUUACUGCCCCUGAGUGCUGUCUAGGUCUAACCUACCAUGGGAAAGCUGCUGACACAUGGGCCGUAGGAGUUACUUUAUACUAUGUGGUACUGGGACAAUAUCCAUUUCUUGGUGAAACACUGCAGGAUACAUAUGACAAGAUUGUUAAUAACUCAUUGGAACUCCCGGCUGAUAUGAACCCACAGCUGAGAAACUUACUAGAAGGACUUCUCUGCAAAGAUCCAACUCAGAGGAUGACUCUAAAGGAUGUAGCUGAGCACACUUGGAUUAUUGGAGAAGAAGGGCCAAUCCCUGAGUAUUUAUGCUGGUGCAAGCGUAAUACCCUGCAGAGGGAUAGCAGUGCACAUAAUUCUGACUGACUAGAUUGUUUGAUUAGUUUGGAUUACUUUAGGUACAGUGGAAAAGCUAGGUUUUUUAUUUACAAUUUUGAGUUAUCAAAACCGGCAAGCGGUGCAUAUCUUGCCUAAGACAAGUAGUAAGUAAAAUUCUCUGAUUUACGAAAGGAUUUGAGGCUUCCAUCAUCCACAAUACAGAAAGUGGAAGGAUGCGGCUUGUAAUCUGGCUUUCAGACUUUCAGGUUUUUUUUUUUCUGUUAAAUCUGUUGGACAGUAAGAGCUUGAGUUUUUGAGUGAGUAACAGAGCUGUGUUUCUUUUCUUCCUAUCAAAGAACAUUGAUGAAACAAGGAAUGUGAAUGAAUCACUGCUAAUUAAUCCCUUA